CCUCCCUUCGCCCCGCCCCUCUGCCGGCAGGGCUUUCACGUGACGCCCUGGGCUCCUCUCACGUGACACCACCGCUUUCCGUGCCCACGCUGCAGAAGAAGGGACCGCCGCGCCUGUGGUCAUGGCUACGCGACCCGCGCUCUACCUGCGCCUCGUCUCUCUGGCGUUGCUGCCGGGGGUCCUUGCAGGUAAGGCGGCGGCGGGCCUCGGGUCCGCUGCUCCCAGAGAGAGGGUCAGCGGAAAUCGGUGGUGGUGAUCGCAGGGAAGGGAUGCAACUCUGCACAUGCUCAGGUGCACCAGAGGGAAGGGAUGCAAGACUGAACAGGAAUAAGAUGCACUCUCCUUUGUGAAUGUAUUUAUUCGUUCUUCGUUAAUUCCUUAUUUCAGGGUCUUCCUGGCUGGAGUUGGUUUUUGAGGCAGAAAGCGUGUGAUGGAGAAGUACAGUCUUCACAGGCUCAGGAGCAAUUCCUUUAUAAUUAAUCCCCAGAACUCAGAGCCCCCGCCCCAUCCCGGUCCACUUAGAGAACAUAUAAAGCUGCUUUGCUAGUGUUUUCUGCGGCUGUUUUGAGUAAGAGUGCUUCUGAGCAUUUGUAGAGAGCACCACCCCUCUCAUUCAAAUCAGCUGGUUGCAAUUUGUAAUUCUGUCUUGCAAUAGGAAUAUUGGAAAUAAAGCAAUAUAUCACUUGGACCAUCAUGCCACUUCCACAGUUUAGAGCAAUAUUAGCCAUGGCUUGUGUGUCAAAGGGCUAGUGGACAUGCUUUUUGGGAAGAUUUGAGCUCCACAACUUCAUGUUUUAGAAAUUACACGCCACCUUUUCCUUGUUUCAGUUAUCAGAUUCGUUACAAAGCUAUCAGUCCCUUUCUAGCAGUGUGUGGUUACUUAAUGGAGGUUCUGGGGUGGAAAUGUAACUUUCUGUGCUUUGUAGGUACUUUCUCCGUCUCCCCAUCCCAAUUCAUCUCAUUAUACUAGUGAGGCUCACUUAGUUACUUUGCAUGUUGCAGGGUUUAGCCCCACCAACAAAAAACUGUUCCAGCCCUACUUCAAUCCUCCUCACCUUCCAUUUACAUUUCUUAAUGUCCAGACCUGACCAGAAAUGCCAUGUUUUUUACUUUAAAAAUGAUUUAAUUUCUGCAGCACGUGCUUUACCAAAUUUGCAGCCUUGAAUAAUUGUUUGACAGUAGCAGAGAAAUACAGCCAGCAUUUUGGAGUGGCAGAGGAAAGAAAGUACAGUAGACACUCGGGUUGCGAACGUGAUCUGUGUGGGAUGCAAGUUUGCAACCCGCAGCGCCGUAUCUGCGCACAUGCGGGUUGCGAUUCGGUGCUUAUGCGCAUACGCAAAGCGUGAUUUAGUGUUUCUGUGCAUGCGCGACCACCGAAACCUGGAAGUAACCCGUUCCAGUACUUCCGGGUUUCAGCAGUCCGUAACCCAAAAAAACGCAACCUGAAGCGUCUGUAACCCGAGGUAUGACUGUAAAGCCUAGCUGUUCUUGUACAAUAGAAUCCACAGCAGAGCAGAUUUCACGGAGCAUAUAUUGGGGUAGUUGACCUCUUUUCCAUGGUCAGUAGACUGACACUGCCAUUUUUUAUUCCCCUUCUAUCCGAAAGUGACGCGGUUUGUUUCUUUUAAGGUUACAGAAACCCCCAGCUUGACUUCAAAGAGAAAUAUUUUGAGCAGUGGAUAGAUCACUUCAACUUUGAAACCUACAGCAACAAAACCUUUGCCCAGAGAUACCUCAUCACAGGUAUGCUUUUGGUGAUGAAAAUAUGUAAAAACAUGAAAAUGUCGCUUCUAGAUUGGAGCAAGCAUUUAUCUAGUUCAGUAUCCUGUCUCACCACAAUGACCAGCCAGAUCCUCUGGGAGGCCCACAAGCGGGACAUGGGACCAAUAGUCUUCUCCCACUGUUGUUCUGCAGCAACAGAGAAGGCUAGGUAUAUGCAUCUGAACAUGGAGGUUCCAUAUUGUAACCAUGGCUCAGAGGUAUUAUUAGAUCUCCCCUCUCCUGUGUCCUUCGCUGACCGUUCCUCAGUGGCUUGCCUGGGCCACCUGCCUCAGCCUGGGCCUGCCUCCUCUGCUUCCUUUCUACUUAAGAGUCCAACACUGCUGUGAUGGCAAAGCAGCUCUUGUGGUGGCCAAGCAAAUUGCACCAUGACGACAGCCUUACUUUCCUAUUAUAUGUGUAUGAAAUAAAUUCUAUGGGAAUCCAAGAGCUAGUGUCACCAGCACAUUCCAUAAAUUAAUUGUGUGUUAAUGACCUAUUCUGUCUUAUACCAAGUUAGAACUCUGACCCAUCUCGUCCCAUGUUGCCUCCUCUGACAGAAGCGGUUCUUCAAGGCCUCAGGCAGAGACUGGCCUUUCCUAGUCCUGCUACUUAAAAUCCUUUUGUUUACUGCAGAUGCCAGAGAUCAAACUUGGGGCCUUCUUUUUGAAAUACAUGAACUUUACUGUUGAGCUAUGGGGGCUUCCCUGAUGUGGACAGCCCCUUAAUAUCAAAUAUGUCCAUUCCUUAGUUAAUUUGAACAGGUUUCCACUUAUCUGGAGUGAUUAACAAUCUGUGAGAAAAAGCAGUGCUUCAAAGUGCCUACCUCCCCUCACAGCUGAUUGCUGUGGCACACAGAUGAGGGAAUGCGUGGCCCCCCAGAUCUUCUGGGGCUCCUGCUCUCUGCCUCAGCCAGCACAGCGGAUGACAGGGAUUAUGGUAGUCCUAACAACAUAUGAAGGGCCCAGCAGCUGGGCCCCAGCUUUCCCAUUUUUGCUCUGGCAGCACCCAAAGGUGCAAGUAGUGCCAAUUCCAUUGCUGAAGACCAGUCAGAAAGUUGAGGAUUGUGCUAUCCUAGAGGGGGAAAGAAUAUGGCAAUCCUAAUACAGGCACCGUCCUUCUUGAAAGUUUCUUAGAGGUAUCUCUGUUCUUAAACGGGAUUCUUCUUAGUUGCCUCAAUGUACUUCUGCUGCCUCACACAGAUAAAUACUGGAAGAGGGGAGCUGGACCCAUCUUCUUCUACACUGGGAAUGAAGGAGAUGUCUGGGCCUUUGCUCAGAACAGCGGCUUCAUCCUGGAGCUAGCUGAGCAGCAGAACGCCCUGGUGGUCUUUGCGGAGCAUGUGAGUGUUUUUGCAAAGAUGUCCCUAUUGCCUGAGGCAGUGUGCUUGAUGGGGAUUAUGGUGACCUUGCUGUCUGAGAUGUCUCUUGUGCUCCUCUGCUGGCUUUUCAGAGAUACUAUGGGAAGUCGCUUCCAUUUGGGGCAGCGUCGCUGCAGAGGGAAAAUGCUGGCCUGCUGAGUGUGGAGCAAGCCCUCGCUGACUAUGCAGUUCUCGUCAUGGCGCUAAAGAAGCAGUACGCAGCAAGGGACUCUCCUGUCAUUGCAUUUGGAGGCAGGUGGGGGCUCACUCGCUUGUUCCUCUUAGCAGUUAUCUGCAUCUGAUGUGUGCAAUAUUCUUCUUUUUUUAAAAAAAAAAAAUUAUUACCGUAUUUUUCGUUCUAUAGGACGCACCGGUCCAUAGGACGCACCUCGUUUUUUUGGGGGGGGGGAAUGAAUAAAAAAAUUAUUCCCCCCCCCCCCGCGGCUGCCGCCCCAAGCCUCGCAUGCUUCGGGCUGCAGGCUACCGCCCCAAGCCUCGCGCGCUCGGCGGGACCUCCCACCGGGCGCGCAAGGCUUGAAGACACUCGCCCGAAGCACGGGAGCCCUCCGGAGGGCUCCCGUGCUUCGGGCGACAUGCUGCAGCCCCAAGCCUUGCGCGCUCGCCGGGACCUCCUGCCGGGCGCGCAAGGCUUGCAGGCACUCGCCGAGCACGGGGAGCCCUCCGGAGGGCUCCCGUGCUUCGGGCGACAAGCUGCAGCCCCAAGCCUUGCGCGCUGGGCGGGACCUCCUGCCGGGCGCGCAAGGCUUGCAGACACUCGCCCAAGCACGGGAGCCCUCCGGAGGGCUCCCGUGCUUCGGGCGACAAGCUGCAGCCCCAAGCCUUGCGCGCUCGCCGGGACCUCCUGCCGGGCGCGCAAGGCUUGCAGACACUCGCCCGAGCACGGGAGCCCUCCGGAGGGCUCCCGUGCUUUGGGCGACAAGCUGCAGCCCCAAGCCUUGCGCGCUCGCCGGGACCUCCUGCCGGGCGCGCAAGGCUUGCAGACACUCGCCCGAAGCACGGGAGCCCUCCGGAGGGCUCCCCGUGUUUCGGGCGACAAGCUGCAGCCCCAAGCCUUGCGCGCUGGGCGGGACCUCCUGCCGGGCGCGCAAGGCUUGCAGACACUCGCCCGAAGCACGGGGAGCCCUCUGGAGGGCUCCCGUGCUUCGGGCGACAAGCUGCAGCCCCAAGCCUUGCGCGCUCGCCGGGACCUCCUGCCGGGCGCGCAAGGCUUGCAGGCACUCGCCCAAGCACGGGAGCCCUCCGGAGGGCUCCCGUGCUCGGCGACAAGCUGCAGCCCCAAGCCUUGCGCGCUGGGCGGGACCUCCUGCCGGGCGCGCAAGGCUUGCAGACACUCGCCCGAAGCACGGGAGCCCUCCGGAGGGCUCCCGUGCUCGGGCGACAAGCUGCAGCCCCAAGCCUUGCGCGCUCGCCGGGACCUCCUGCCGGGCGCGCAAGGCUUGCAGACACUCGCCCGAAGCACGGGAGCCCUCCGGAGGGCUCCCGUGCUUGGGCGACAAGCUGCAGCCCCAAGCCUUGCGCGCUCGCCGGGACCUCCUGCCGGGCGCGCAAGGCUUGCAGGCACUCGCCCGAAGCACGGGAGCCCUCCGGAGGGCUCCCGUGCUCGGGCGACAGCUGCAGCCCCAAGCCUUGCGCGCUGGGCGGGACCUCCUGCCGGGCGCGCAAGGCUUGCAGACACUCGCCCGAAGCACGGGAGCCCUCCGGAGGGCUCCCGUGCUUCGGGCGACAAGCUGCAGCCCCAAGCCUUGCGCGCUCGCCGGGACCUCCUGCCGGGCGCGCAAGGCUUGCAGACACUCGCCCGAAGCACGGGAGCCCUCCGGAGGGCUCCCGUGCUUGGGCGACAAGCUGCAGCCCCAAGCCUUGCGCGCUCGCCGGGACCUCCUGCUGGGCGCGCAAGGCUUGCAGACACUCGCCCGAAGCACGGGAGCCCUCCGGAGGGCUCCCGUGCUUCGGGCGACAGGCUGCAGCCCCAAGCCUUGCGCGCUGGGCGGGACCUCCUGCCGGGCGCGCAAGGCUUGCAGACACUCGCCCGAGCACGGGAGCCCUCCGGAGGGCUCCCGUGCUUCGGGCGACAGGCUGCCGCCCCAAGCCUUGCGCGCUGGGCGGGACCUCCUGCCGGGCGCGCAAGGCUUGCAGACACUCGCCCGAAGCACGGGAGCCCUCCGGAGGGCUCCCGUGCUUCGGGCGACAGGCUGCUGCCCCAAGCCUCGCGCGCUCGGCGGGACCUCCUGCCGGGCGCGCAAGGCUUGCGGACACUCGCCGGGGCUGCAGGCUGCUGCCUGCAAGCCUUGUGAGCCCGCGGGAUCUCCCACCGGGCUUGCAAGGCUUGCGGAUAGCUUCCUGAAGCCUGGAGAGCGAGAGGGGUCGGUGCGCACCGAGGCCGCUCGGGCUCCUGGCUUCCGCGAAAGCCUGCAUUCGCUCCAUAGGACGCACACACAUUUCCCCUUCAUUUUUGGAGGGGAAAAAGUGCGUCCUAUGGAGCGAAAAAUACGGUAAGUUUUCCAUUCAACAAUCCAAUCAUAUCACAUUAGUUAUUCCAAAUUAUACCAAUACAUAUCAUAAAGCCCAAAUAUUUUGCCAAAUUUUAAAUUUUUGUUGGGGGUUCCCAUGCUUCAAGUUCAGUAACGGUCCAAUCAUCUCAUAUUUCUGCUGCUUUUGAUGUUCACAAGUCCCAUCUUCCAAUCUUCUUGUUGUUAUCGUUUUUCUUCUUAAUAAACUCUGCGUUGUUUCCACAGGUGAGUUAGAAGCAAGCAUUAUUAUGUUUCUGUGUGAACUUUGUAAGUGCAAUGUUCUUCUUGCAGGGCUGGCAAAAUAUCUCCAAGUUGCUGUUUGCCAGCUGCCUUUGGGAGGGGGCCUGUUCUGAGCAGGGAAUGAGGCAGAUAUUUCAAAUGUUUAGGCACCACCAUCUAAACUUCAUAGUAACCAGGAUUUCUCCAAAGGGUUGACUUAACUAUGGCCAAGGAAGGUGAGGAGAGUUCAUGGGCCAAGAGAAGUUGAAGUAUGAAAAGGUUGUACCCCACUAUGUUUGGUUAAGGCAAUGCUAGCUUUCCCCCCAAACUCUGGGUCGCUUGAAUCGGUAUUUACUCUGGGACUGUUUAGGUUGGGAGUUGAGUGCCCUGAAUUGUAUUCUCUCUGGGGUAUGCUUCAUGGCAUGCUUAGUGGGCCACCCUGGACACAGUCCAUGCCUUGGUGGAUCUUGUCAUGUGCUUGUUCUCUACAGCACUCCAACUGGAAACACCCUAAAGUCUGCAGGGAAAUUAUAGCCUCUCCCCUAGGAUAAUAGCUGCCCCUUGUCUGAAGUAAAAAGAUCCUUUGCCCCAAGAACUACACUGAGCAGGGGGCACACUUUUCUUCCCCUCUUAAAGGUAAAGGGACCCCUGACCAUUAGGUCCCGUUGUGACUGCCUCUGGGGUUGUGGCGCUCAUCUCGCUUUAUUGGCCGAGGGAGCUGGCGUACAGCUUCCGCGUCAUGUGGCCAGCAUGACUAAGCCGCUUCUGGCGAACCAGAGCAGUGCAUGGAAACAUUGUUUACCUUCCCACCGGAGCGGUACCUAUUUAUCUACUUGCACUUUGGCGUGCUUUCGAACUGCUAGGUUGGCAGGAGCAGGGACCGAGCAACGGGAGCUCACCCCGUCACGGGGAUUCGAACUGCCGACCUUCUGAUCGGCAAGCCCUAAGCUCUGUGGUUUAACCCACAUCGCCACCCGCGUCCCUCUUCCCCUCUUACCUGGGGCCAAUCAUACCCUUUCCUUCUGAGCAAUUGGAUCUGAGUUUGGGGCGAGCUACUAGGGAAGGGAAGAAGCCAAAGUUCAGCCAUUUUGUCCACUUCCUCUUCCCUCAUACCUGUGCCUCUUGUAUUCUGACUCUUUGAGGGUGGCAAAUCUGCACCCGCUAAUUCAGGCCAACAAUUUGAAGAGACUUCUGCCCUUUCCAGUGAGCGAGCAGUCCACCUGAAUGUCUCAUGGUGUCAAAAAACAUAACUUGCUUCUUUUUCUCUCUCUUUCCUUCCAGUUAUGGAGGCAUGCUGAGUGCCUACAUGAGAAUGAAGUAUCCCAACAUAGUGGCUGGCGCACUCGCUGCCAGUGCCCCUGUGUUGUCUGUGGCUGGGAUUGGAGACUCCAAUCAGUUCUUCAAGGAUGUCACAGCGGUAAGCUUUAGGUGGAAACUUUUGAGUGGGCUCAUUUCCUCUUACUAGGCAAACCUCCCAAUCUUCAUUGUAAAAUUGUGUGCCUGAACCUGUGAAGUGGUAUGAAAUUCUCAGGCUCCCUCAAAGAUGCAAUUCACUUAAAUCAGGACUUUUCCCCCAGGACUUUCAGAACUACAGUCCGGAUUGUGCCAAGGCUGUACGAGAAGCAUUUAGGGAAAUCAAAGACCUGUACCUGGCUGGAGGUAAAGUGAGCUCAUCUGUCAGACAAGAAACAGCCCCUUGGUAGAGAGGACCUUUAAGCUACAAGACCUCUGGAGCAGUUAUAGAAUAAACAAAUUGCUUUAAAAUGGUUUUAGGAAAUCAGUACCCCGCCUGUCUUGAGUAAAAUAAAAAUAAAAAUUGAGUAAAAAAAAAAUAAACAAUUUUUGAAGGAAAUGUGCCCACUUUAAUUUGGCAGCACUUCUAUAGCUAAUACAAAUCGUUCUCUCCCCCCCCCCCCCACUGGUGUAAGCAGUCAGUUGACUAAGCACUGCAGUUUAAAACCAUGAGGUCUAGGCACUUCAUUUUUCUUUUGAAUGAAAGCAGAAAACCUCACUCAUCCAAGCAGCUGCGUAGCCCAAACACUAUACUUAGGCUGCUGUCCUAAAGCAUACUAGCCUCUAUGAAUGUGGUGAGAAGCGCUUAAUCAUGCAACACACUACACACCUCUCUUCUCCACAUUCAGCUUACGAGAGGAUCAGCCGUGGGAUGUCUACAUGCAAUAAGCUUUCGUCUAAGGAUGAUAUCUACCAGCUCUUCGGAUUUGCCCGGAAUGCCUUCACCAUGAUCGCCAUGAUGGACUACCCUUACAAGACGGACUUUAUGGGCCACUUUCCAGCAAAUCCUGUCAAGGUGAGGCCUGCACAGAUCAGGCAACGUCAUGAACCAGAGAGCACUCGACUCCUCCACCUCCACAGGUUGCCACUGGGCUGGGCUAAAGCUCUCACAGCAUGUCUAUAUGCCAGGCUUACAAAAUUAACACAUACCUACAUUUGAAUGUUUGCUUAUUUUUAAAAAUCUCAAACCUCACUACCACCAGCCACCUUUUGUGGAGCUUCCCUAGAAUCAUAGAAUCAUAGAGUUGGAAGAGACCACAAGGGCCAUCGAGUCCAACCCCCUGCCAAGCAGGAAACACCAUCAGAGCACUCCUGACAUAUGGUUGUCAAGCCUCUGCUUAAAGACCUCCAAAGAAGGAGACUCCACCACACUCCUUGGCAGCAAAUUCCACUGUCGAACAGCUCUUACUGUCAGGAAGUUCUUCCUAAUGUUUAGGUGGAAUCUUCUUUCUUGUAGUUUGGAUCCAUUGCUCCGUGUCCGCUUCUCUAGAGCAGCAGAAAACAACCUUUCUCCCUCCUCUAUGUGACAUCCUUUUAUAUAUUUGAACAUGGCUAUCAUAUCACCCCUUAACCUCCCUGCCUGGUGCUGAUUUAUACCUGACACAGGUUAAUGUAGUUAUAAACUUUGGUUCCUCGUUCUUUCUUGCAAAGAGACCCUGGUUAAUGUUGCAAGCGUUUGCAGGUGCCCCCUCAAACAAAGGCCGCACCGAAGUAUUUCUGGUCUGGUCUGUCCACACUCUGCUCAACAGGGAGGAAACUGAGAGGGCAUUACAGAAGAGGAGGGUGUUUGUUGCCCUGUUACAAAUGAUAAACAUAGAAUCAUAGAAAUGUAGAGUAGGAAGGGACCCCAAGGGUCAUCUAGUUCAACCCCCUGCUAAGCAGGAAUCUCAACUAAAACACCCAUGACAGAUAGCCAUCCAACCUCUGUUUAGAAACCUCCAAGGAAGGAGAGUCCUAAUAUAAUACAGUCAUACCUUAUGUUAUGUUUGCUUCAUGUUAUGUUUUUUCAGGUUGUGUCCUGCGGUGACCCGGAAGUACUUGAAAGGGUUACUUCCGGGUUUUGCUACCCGCACAUGCGCAGUAGCACUAAAUCACGCUUUGCACAUGCGCAGUAGUGCUAAAUCAUGUUUCACGCAUGCGCACAAGCGUCAAAUCGCACCACACAUCUGCGCAGAUACAGCACUUCAGGUUGCGGGCUUUUCACGUUGCAAACGGGCCUCCGGAACGGAUCCCGUUCUCAACCAGAGGUACCACUGUAUAGGUACAUAAUAUAAGAAGUAUACUGUUUAUAUAGCAAUGGGAUCAUUUUAUGACUAUCUGCUAGGGUGAAACUGCAGGAUGUUAAUGCUGGAACUCCCCUUUGCCUCUAGGUCUGGUAGGCUGAAAAUGAACUGGAAACCCAGAAGUUAUUCUGUCCGUCUUUUGAACUUUCACCUUAGCCAUAUCUAGCCUUUGUAAGCAGCUUUUUCCAUCAUUGUUUUAUUUAUUUUGCAGUGACCAAUGCACUUUGUUAGUCUCAGCUAAGAUCCUGUAACAUGCUUCCAAUUUCUCUUUGGCUCUUGGAAAACCUAAUUUGUUGUGUGUGUUUGUGUGUUUAACUCAGAUUGGCUGUGAGCUGAUGCUGGAGAAUAAGGACCGGAUCAGGGGCUUGGCAGCUCUUAGUGGUGAGUGACUGUAAGACAUCUGACUUCCUUCCAAAGUGUACAUGAGCACUGUGCUUUCUCUCAGGUUGUGUCAGGCCUGAAAAUGUGCAUGUUAUCUAGGCUGCGUUCGGACAGUCCCCUAAGCCACGCUUUUGAGGGGAGCAGGGGCAAGCCUUGAGCUUAUGAGCUCCCUUCUCUCUCCUCCCACCUCCCUCCAGCUUUUCUUCAGUGCACAAAGGAAGGUUAGAACAUUUCUGCUUCUGGUUUGCACAUAAAGCAGAAUAAAAGCAUGUUUCUGGAUUCUGUCUUACAGGCAAACUAUGGUUUGCUCAAACUAUCAUUUAGACAGACUGGUAAGCUACUGGGAGAUUCUAAUCUCCUAACAUAAUAUGUGGAGGAUGGAGUAGAUGAACCUGAGGCUCAUUCCCAAUCGUCCAGGCCGUGGACUGGGAGGCCAUCUGGAUGUGGCCACAGGCUUGGAAAAAAUCAUGUGCCACUUCCAUUCAUUUCAGUGGGGCUUCUACCAGAGCUCUUCCUCCUGGAUUUUGCCCAAAGCCUCUUUCUCUGCCUUAAGAGCUGGCUGGGAUGAAGUCUUGCGAGUGAUGAACAGGUUGUGGGUGGAUUUCUUCUUGCCAGCAGCUGAAGGCCCCUCUCCAUUCUGCUGCUGCUCACCUGUGACCAGGUGACGCGGCAGCUGAACAAAGAAAGAGGCAUGAUCCACCAAAGGCUUUGGCAAGGACCCCGCCUUUUCCCACACUUUCCCACCAGGGUUGCAGAUGUAGACGCCGUCCUCUUUCCGCUUCUGUCUCACUGACCCACCACCUGUGAUGUACAAUUGCUGCCCAUGCACAGCGAGACCAAACUGACAAAGGUCGAAGGGCGAGAGACUGAGCAGGGUCCACUGAUCAGUAACCGGGCAGUAGUAUUCUGUCUCGUUCACAGGAACCCAUUCCUGAGCCUGUAAAGAACCAAAUAUCAGAGGGGUGGAUCCAGUCCCUGUUCAGUGGAGGGUGAGGGACGUAUGCUGUGGCUCCAGCAGACAGCAUGGCCUGCCAGUUGCUCAGACAGACCUGGCACAGAAGUUGUUUUAAGGCAGCCUUUCCCUUCCUGGUGCCCCGUAGAUGUUUCAGAAUGCAACUCCCACCAGACCCGCCUAGCCAGUAUUCCAGAAACAUUGGGAAUGUUGCAUGUGAGCCACCCCUGGCUUUAAAGAGGUCAGAGAGCAGCUCUUGUCAGUUUGUGUAGAAGCUGUGCUGGUGUGCAGUUCCCACUAAUUGCACAGGAGACCUUCGCAAUGCGUUGUUCGGCUGCCACCCCCACCCCCUGUGUUAAUCAGUUAGUAGGAAUGCUACCAAUCUGCUCUGGUUUUAGUUCAAGGGAACACCUGAGCAUAUGCAGAGGAAUGAUGAUGAUGAUGAUGAUGAUGAUUUAUAUGCCCCCCAUCUGACUGGGUUGCCCCAGUCACUCUGGGUGGCUUCCAACAAAUUUUAAAGACCAAGAUUGUAAUGAAGACUUUUCUGACUUCAUCGGGAGACAGACCAUGUAGGUGUGUUUUCCCCAAAUUAUUGCAUUUUCUGUCCACGUGUUAGGUUUAUUAUCUGCAAAACGCCAACCCUUUGGGCAAAUAAAACAUCUAAAACUGACAGGGAUCUGUUUCUCAGUCAUGGAACCCAAUCUGUCUAACUCAGGGAUGCUACUUGGUUAAACAAACUUUAAGAGUAUGGGUCAAAUAGGGAAUCAGUCACAUAAUGGACAGGCCAUCUCCCCCCCCCCCCGAUAUUCCUCUCUUUUAAAAACCUGCUGGCCAGUUAGUUGGCAGCACCUUUAAAAAAUAUAUUAAUCUGUUUGAUUAAACUUGGCAGUCUUGUUAAUUAGCAAAUAAGGGGGAGCCACCUGGCCUUUCAGCCCCAGGUAGUAAAAUAUAUUAGGCUUGCCACAUGAUCCAGCUACAUAGAAAUGAAAAUUUGGAAGGGGCAUGAAGAGUUUCUAUUUUUUAAAGGGCUUGCUAGUUCUAUGUGCCUGGGUGUGUGUGUGUGUGUGUGUGUGUGGUAAAGUAAGAAAUGCUUCAAUGCCCUGUCAGGAAACCUAGAAUAUUGUGGUGUAGAAAGCAUUCUCUUCCAACCAGGUACCCUCCCCCACAUAUAUUGGACCAUGUCUCCCAUCAGUCUCAGCCAAAAUAACUGGUGGUCAUUGGUGAUGGGAGGUGGGAGUCUGAAAGAUCUGGAGGUCACCAGGUUGAGGAAGGCUGCCAUGGAUCACAAGAAGAGCCCUGCGGCUGAGUCAGGCCAAAGGGGGUCCCUUCUGGUCCAGCAUCCUGCUCUCAAAGUGGGCACCCAGACUCCUGUGGGGAACCCACAAGCAGGACCUGAGUGCAACAGCAACUCUUCCCCACGUGUGAAUAUCGACAGGUCAGCACCUGCCAGAUGCUGCCUUAAGAGGGACACUCUGCUUUCUCUCUAGAGCAGUGGUUCUCCACCUGUGGGUCCCCAGAUGUUGUUGGACUACAACUCCCAUCAUUCCUGAGCUCUGGCCUUGCUAGCUAGGGAUGAUGGGAGCUGUAGUUCAACAACAUCUGAGGACCCACAGGUUGAGAAAGGCUGCUCCCAUUACUCCCAUUGUCAGACUGUACAGAAGGGGAUGCUCCCCCUUCUGGGAAGGGAGCCUGGCCACAAGAAACCAGGAAGUGAGAAAUGAGAGAACAUUGUGUAGCUCAGGGCAACACCAGACACCUGGGGCUGGCGUUUGGCACCACCACAACUCAUUAAAUAAAUGAAGCUCAACAUACGUUUGCCAGGGCCCUUCCUCCUACGCAGAAGAUUCUGUCUCCGGCAAUUGCCAUUCCGUGGUCGCACCGGGCAAAAGUCAUUGGCUGGUUCCUGACCCAGCGACGCAGGCGGGAGAGAUAGCUGUAUGUGUCGCGUAAAGGUUUGCCAGCGGCGAAUCCCCCUGGUGGAAACAGGCGAUAGAAGAUUGGGUUGGGUGGCUGCGGUUUUCCCUUUGGGUUGCACAGUAGCCUUUUCCUGUCCUGAUCCUCUCAAGGUCCUUCCGGAGUCGAAGUGUCCCUGCGGAGCGUGUUGCCUACCACUUAGCCAAGGCCUCUCCAAAGUCUUAAGAGACUGGGUCGUAAAAGUGUGUUCACAUCACUGAGAGCCUCCCUUCUGUGUCUGUAGCAUCUCACUAUAUUGAAUGCUGUUCUCCACUGGUUGGCUGCCCCAUCAUGGCUGUCUCCUCUUCUCUACUCUUGGCCCUCCCCUCGUGCCCCCGGCAGUCGGUUGAGCAUGAUAGGAAGGGAGUCUAUUCAACCCUCUUCUCAGGCACUCCAUUGUGGGGCCCUUCCUUUCCCUUGCUCAUAUACCUACUCCUGCCUCUUUUUUUCUUGUUCAUGCACUGGGAUGCUGCAAAUUCAGUACAGUCAUACCUCGGGUUAAAUGUGCUUCAGGUUGAGCGUUUUCAGGUUGCGUCCCAUGGCGACCCGGAAGUAACGGAGCGUGUUACUUCCGGGUUUCACCGCUCAUGCAUGCGCAGACGCUCAAAAUGGCGUCAUCCGCGGAAGCGGCGAAUCGCCGCAAGCGCAGGUUGCGUUUGCUUCAAGAUGCAAACGGGGCUCCAGAAUGGAUCCCGUUCGCAUCCAGAGGUACCACUGUACAGAUUUUUUUUUUUAAUACCGCCCUUCAAUUUUAAUAAAUCCCUAGGGCAGUUUCCUUAAGAAGCAGAAGAUACAAAAAUAAUUAAAACGCAAAUAAUACAUAUCCAAACAAAAUAAGGGACGUGAAGAGUAAAGAGGGAACAAGAUUUUUAAAGCUAGAUUGCUUUUAAGUCUAAAAAGCCUGGGAAAACAUUAUGGCUUUUGACUGGCACUGAAAGGCGAACAAAGUAUGUGCCUGCUGGCCUUCUCUGGGGUGGGCAUUCCAUCAUUGGGGCACCACCACUGAAAAGGACCUCUCUCUCUUCCAGCUGGCCACACAACUCAACCUCACCUGAGGAGUGGGGGAACCUGCAUACAGAACAGCUUAACAUACUUCAAGUAUGUCGGUCUAAUGUUGGAAAGGGCUUUAAAGGUCAGAACCAGCACUUUGAAUUAAGCCAGUGCAUCCAUCUGCCAUUGUUCUUGAGGUCUUUAUUUUAUGCUCUUAAUUAAUGUACAGUAUACUUCAAGUGGUGGGAUGCGGGUGGCGCUGUGGGUUAAACCACAGAGCCUAGGACUUGCCAUUCAGAAGGUUGGCGGUUCAAAUCCCCGCAAUGGGGUGAGCUCCCAUUGUUCGGUCCCUGCUUCUGCCAACCUAGCAGUUCGAAAGCAUGUCAAAGUGCAGGUAGAUAAAUAGGUACCGCUCCAGCGGGAAGGUAAACGGCGUUUCCAUGCACUGCUCUGGUUCACCAGAAGCGGCUUAGUCAUGCUGGCCACAUGACCCGGAAGCUGUACGCCUGCUCCCUUGGCCAAUAAAGCGAGAUGAGCGCCGCAACCCCAGAGUCGGCCACGACCGGACCUAAUGGUCAGGGGUCCCUUUACCUUUACCUUAUACUUCAAGUGAGAUACUUUUGCACCCUGCCCUGGGUCCAUUUGAUAAAGGGCAAACUUAGAAGUGCAAAGGAUGAAUACAUGAAGCUAAUUUGCAACCCCAGCAGCUGCAUGCUGAGCUAAUGGUGGGUUCCAGAUCCUCUUCAGGGGCAGCCCCUAGUAAGUAGAGCAUAUUACAGCAGUCUAAGCUGGAGUUUACAGGAGCAUAGAUCACAGCCACAUCACCAGGAACCAUCCUUUUAUGCUUUAUCUGUAUGUCCCCUUAAAAUCAGCAACCCUUGAUAGCAUAGCUGUCAACUAUCCCCUUUUCUUGUGAGGAAUCCUAUUCGGAAUAAGGGACUUUCCCUUAAAAAAAGGGAAACAUUGACAGCUAUGCUUGAUAGUGGUCUGCAUUCUAGAAUGGCCAACAUCCAGCCUCCCACCCCCUCCCUCCACCCUGAGCCAAGACUUCUGAUGGUCAAGCCAUCAGUGGUCUCUCACCUGAGACGUAGAGGAUCCCCUUAUGGGUGGCCCCUGCGUGGUCUGCCACAGGCAUUGGGAAGGGCGUGAUGAGCUGCCACUUGUUCUCAGCUGGCUGGUACUCCUCUGCCGUGUCGGUGAGCAUCCCCAGCAGGGCUCCCCCGCCCACAGCCACGAGGCAGUCGUUCAGCACCCCUGCGUGGAAGCGAGUCCGCCGUCCCAGCAUGCUCGCCACCUGGAGCCAUCUGCCGUGUCGUGGGUCAAACCUGAACACCUGGAGCCGGAAGGAGGAAAGGGCAGUGGCAGAGGAACCCCCUCUGGCACCCGGGGCGGGGCAGCCCGUACGGAGUGCGCAUGCACGGCAUCCUGUAUGGAGUGCACAUGUGCGGCAGCUCGUAUGGAGUGCACAUGUGUGGCAUCCCAUAUAGAGUGCGCAUGUGCGGCAGCCCAUACGAUCACUGUGCAAGAGGCAGCGAAGCAGCACCCUUAUGGACUGUGUGCACCCUCUGCCGCUCUACAGCUGGGGGGAGGCAGGGGCCAUCUUGUCAACCCCCCCCCCAGUGGUACCCGGGGCGACCUCCCCCUCCGCCCCCCACUUCGUACGCCCCUGGGAAAGGGAUUACAGGGCACUGCUGGACUUGUUCUCCAGCUAGCAGGCUAGGAAACAUUCAGCAUUCUGGGUGGGGGAGAGGCGUUUAAGGACUCUCCUGCAGCAGCCAGUAGCCAAGUCAGAAGCAGGCAAGGAGACCCCUUCAGUGAGAAUAUAAUAAAAAAAUAUUUUUUUUAUACCCCACCCUCCCCAGCCAAGACCGGGCUCAGAGUGGCUAACACCAAAUAUAAAAAAAUUAUUAGAAUACAGCUUAAAAAACAACAUUAAAAUACAACAUUAAAACGUUAAAAUGCAGCCUCAUUUCAGUGGAACUCAAUCAAAAACUUUUGGGGGGAUAAAAACGUCAAGUCUUCACCAAGGCUAACUAUCCAGACUGGUCCCACAUAGGCCAGAAAAAAGCCAGGGAAAGAUUGGAAGAAAUUUAAAGACUAUUUACAGAAAUAUUGUAAAAUUAAGGAAUCUUAGAAGGAUGUUGGAUAGAAACUAAGGAGUUUUUUUUAGCUGUAAUGGUUUAAGAGAUAUGAAAAAAGGUUUGCAAGUGGGUAUUUUCAAUGGUGAGGAUUUGCUGAAUCAACAUAUUGAAGUGGAAUACAAAAAGGGAGGUAUGAGGAGGUCCGGGGAAAUAAGUAUAAGGAAGAUAGGUUAUGGAAAUUUAAUGUCCUUUUAAUUGUUUUAUUUGGUAUGGUUUCUUUUAUUUUUUACUUCUUUGGUUAUAUUUUUUUUAAAAAAAAACUUUAUUCUUUUUCUUUCUGUAUUCUGUAUUUUUUGUAUUUUUUUGAAACUUUAAUAAAUAUCAUUUAAAAAAAAAGAAAAGAAAAAAGCCAGGGAAGUCCCCAAAUAGGAGUUGCAACACAGAAGGAGAAAGGAAAAAAGAAAUAGGGGGAGGGAAUCAAGUUGAUUCCAAGCCAAAGGCCAGGCGGAAUAACUCUGUCUUACAGGCCAUGCUCAUUUUCCUCUCUGAUACUUGGCAGGUUUGUAUUGCUAGGGUUAAUGCUGGGCUAAUAGGAACAGAUAAGGAACAAUGAUACGUAUUUGGGCUAUCUACCUUUGUCCUUUUCUAGACUUAAGUUGUGUGUGAAUGAGCUGCUGUAGGCUUCCCUUCGUUUUAAGCUUUGUGCUUACCUGGUUCGAAGGACAUUGUCCUGUAGGGUCAAACCUGUCCUGGCCCCCCAUCACAAAGACAAAGCCUUGGAUCACAGCAACACAGUGGUUGUACAGGGGCCUGUGAAGCUCCCCAACCUUUUUCCACAAAAGGCAGUUCCGAUCAGCAGCCCACAUGCUGCCACAGAUGGUGUUGUCCACAGAUCUGCCACCAAGGACAACCAGCAUGUCAACGCCGGCACGGACCUUGGUUCGCUCACUCUGCAGAGUCGGCUGAGCAUGCAGCCGGGAGUGAUAAUCCAAGGCCUCCUGGAGGUACUGGCGGCAGGUGGGUUCUGUCUUCAUGAAGGGCACGUCCUGGACGAACGUAUGCAGGUCGUGGAGAGGUAUGAGGGGCAACCGAAUGUGCUGCAAAACCUCCGCUGCAUCUUCCAGGUGUGUGUUGUUGUGGCGCAGCCAGCAUUCCGCUGCAUGGAACAGUUCCAGCUCACUGAGGUCCUCUGUGUCUGCAGUGUCUAAGAUCUCACACAGAGUAGCUGCAUCCAGCUCCUGCAGCUGCGCCGGGUCUGCCAAAAUGUUGCUGCAGUGCCGGCUCACGCAGCUCAUGGCUUUCUGCCUCAACUCUUUCGGGCCAAGCCUCUUUGCGAUCUCGAGGACUGCUAGGCAGGUGUUCUGAUCCAAGCCCUCAUCCAGAAACCGGAAGCACAAGCACAUCACAUCGCGCACCAGCAGCACCUCCGCUGCCUGGAAGGUCUCCUCGACGUUAUGGAGCGUCAGCUCCAGCUUGUUGGAGUAGACAAAGGACAGGAUGUUUUGCAGGCCCUGGGCAGUGACGCGCGGCAGCUUGAUGUGGCUGUUGUGACUUGCAGCAUCUCUGGAAAAAUGCAUCUUGCAGUAGUUGCUGGCUGCAGCCAGAAUGACUUUGUGCGCAGAGAAAGAGACUCCCUCUGCCUCCAGUGUGACAUCGCACAAGAUGUUCUUCGUGCGCAGAUUCCUGAGGCCCUCUAGAAGUUUGGACAGGUAGGUGUCUGAGCAAAGACUCUGGCUCUUGGCCCUGACUGGGCUGGCAAGAUACAUCCCUCCCAAAGCUGCAGUCUGGUAAUCCACUGGCGGUAGCCUUAGAAGAUCUCCCCAGGCACCCUCUAAUGGAAAGAGAGUUCAGGGCCUGUCCUUAAAAUCUAAAGGCAUGCCUCUUGAACAGAGAACUCCAACUGGUGCUUACUCUAGAAGUGGGGCUGCCUGAAGUUUUUGUUUGGGCUACUAUGAGAGCAGGUCAGCUGACAUGUCAUUUCCAAGAACACCAUUUCCUUACCCCCACCUCCACGAGCCUAUUCAUGUCCACAAAGGUGCAGUAUCUACUCAGCUUCCUGGUCAUGCCUCAAGUGGCUUGCAGCGGGCCAGGCAAGCAAGUCCAGACCUGCCUGCAGCUUUUUUUGAGUCCUUGCCUAGGAUCAGGCUGCUGCACCCACUGGCCUUGCAUGUGAAUGUUUGCUAGAUGGCAGCAUAGGUAGAGAAAAGCUCUGCUUCCAGCUGUUUCUCUAGCAUCAACCAGUUAGAUACCUGGCUAAGUUCAAGGUGUUGGUUUUGAUGUAUAGCUUGGGACCAGGCAGUGUUUUUUUCUAAAAGAAAUGUUUAGGAGUACUCUCAUUUUCCUACUCACAUUGAAAUAAAAAGGUAAAGGGACCCCUGACCAUUAGGUCCAGUUGUGGCCGACUCUGGAGUUGUGGCGCUCAUCUCGCGUUAUUGGCCAAGGGAGCCAGCGUACAACUUCCAGGUCGUGUGGCCAGCAUGACUAAGCCGCUUCUGGCGAACCAGAGCAGCACACGGAAACGCCAUUUACCUUCCCACCGGAGUGGUACCUAUUGUUCUAUUUGCACUUUGACGUGCUUUUGAACUGCUAGGUUGGCAGGAGCAGGGACUGAGCAACGGGAGCUCACUCCGUCACGGGGAUUCAAACCGCCAACCUUCUGAUCGGCAAGUCCUAGGCUCUGUGGUUUAACCCACAGCGCCACCCGCAUCCCAUAUUGAAAUACUGCCCCUCAAUAAGGCCAAAUUGAGAUUCACAAAAUGUUUAGGGGUAUGCGUGCCCCUGCGUCCCCCCAGAAACAAAGCACUGGGACCAGGACACCUGAGAGAUUGUCUCACCCCUUGUAUACUGUGUUCUGCAGGUCCUAAUUUAACAGGUCCUUUCUGUGCAAUCCUCUUGGGUUGUGGCACCUACCCUUUUGGAAUCUCCCCUGCCCUGGAAAGAAUAUUCAAUAGAAUUCUUCUUUUUUUUUGACACCAACUGAAGACUUCUGACUUCCCACAAGUUCAGAUCUUUCCCAGAUGGUAUCUAUAUUAGAAUUGCUUUCAAAAUGUUUUUAAUAUGAAGGGGGUGGAGAGAUUCCCCUACAAAGAAAAGAUGCAGCAUUUGGGACUAUUUUGUUUGGAGGAAAGGCAACUAAGAGGUGACAUAAUAGAAGUUUAUAAAAUGACGCAUGACAUGGACAGAGGGGACAGAAAAGUCCCUCCCCCGCCCCCGUCAGCACAAGACCUCAUGGGAAUCCAGUGAAGCUGAAUGUUGGAAGAUUCAGGACAGAGAAAAGAAAGGACUUCUUAUUGCAGGGCAAAGUUAAACUAUGGGAUUCACUCCCAGAGGAAGUAGCGAUGUCUGCUGAUUUGGAUGGCCUUAAAAGAGGAUUGGAUGAAUUCAUGGAGGAGGGCAAUGCUAUGAAUGACUACUAGCCACAGUGGCCCUCCUCUGCUUCCAUGGUCUGAGGCAAUAAAUACUUCUGAAUCCCAGUUUCUGGAAACCACAUGAGGGGAGGGAGAAGGUUCUUGUGCUCAUGUUUUGCUCGCGGGUUUCCCAUUGAAGAAUCUGCUUGACCACCAUGAAAACAGGAUGCUGGACUAGAUGUGCCACUGGCCAGAUCCAACAGGCUAUUCUUACAUUCUCAAGUGUUCUUAUUGUUAGUUUAUUGUUGUCUGAUGUCCUGGGCUCCAUUGGGGAGGAAGGGCAGGAUGUAAAUUUAAUUAUUACUGUUGAAUGACUAUGAUUUUACUAAAUUGUAUUAAGGGUUUCAAUGAUUUAUUGUUGUGGUUUGCUUUGUUUGACGCCCAGAAUGGCUUGGUCAACCCAGUCAGAUGGGUGGCAUAUAACAACAAAAACAGCAGCAGCAGCAACAACAACAACAAAUUAAUUGCUGCUAUUAUUAUUAUUAUUAUUAUUAAUGUUACUGUAUUUGUUAUUAUAGUGUUUACAAUGGGGUUCCCCCCUUCCCCUCACUGUGCUAUUGUGAUUAUUGCCAACCACUUUGAUCUCAAUUUAUGUUGCUGGAAAAAGCAAAAUGCAGUCAUACCUUGGGUUAUGAACGCUGCGGGUUGUGCGUUUUCAGGUUGCGGACCGCGCCAAACCCGGAAGUACUGGAACGAUUUACUUCCAGGUUUCGGCACUCGCGCAUGCACAGAAGCACAAAAUGAUGUCACGCGCAUGCGCAGAAGCGCCGAACCGCGUCACGCUCGUGCACAGACGUGGCACUUCAGGCUACGAGCGCUGCUGGUUGUGAACGUGCCUCCUGCACGGGUGGAUCACAUUCACAAUCGGAGGUACGACUGUACACAUAUUAAAUAAAUCAAACAUCAUCAUCAUCAUCAUUAUUAUAAUUAAACAUACUGAUGUUAUUGAUGAUAAUAAGCCAUCUAAUCUGGCCCCUUGAAAUGAGCAGCGUCAUAACCUCCUUUCCUUUACUCACUAGGGCUGCUCUAUAACUCCACUGGGAUAGUUCCAUGUUUCGAUAUUUACAAGCUGUACCAGAAAUGCGCUGACCCCACGGGUUGUGGAACAGGAUCAGAUGCCGCUGCAUGGGACUAUCAGGUAUGCCUGGGGGAAGAGGAGUGAAAUUUAACAAGAGCGUCACCUUCACCAAUGUGGUGCCCGCCAGAUGCUGUGUGGACUCUGACUACCACCAGCCUCAGCCCUGCUGGAUGAUGGGCUUCUCCCAGAUUUUGGAAUCCCCUCCCUAGAGAAGCCAGACUGGCUCCCUCCUUGUCCUUCCGCCAGCAGGUGAAGAUUUUUUAUUUAUUUUUUCCCCAGCAGGCUUUUGGGGAACUCCCUGCUCUUAAUGAAAGGCUUGGUGCUGCGCUGUAUGGUUUUAACAGAUUGUGUGUUUUAAUUAUAUCAGCGUUUGUUUUUUAAUGGAAACCCCCUCCCCCACGUUUUUAAUUGUUCUUAUUUUUAUCAGCAAGCUGCUUUGAGUCCCUGUGAGGGAGGGACUCAAUAUAAAUGAAUAUAGUUUAACGAAGAUGGGGAUUUAGUCCCAAAGUCUGAAGCACAUUAGGUUGGCAAAGGUCACUCUGCAUGCUUUAUGGCAGGGGUCAGCAAACUUUUUCAGCAGGGGGCCAGUCCACUGUCCCACAGACCUUGUGGGGGGCCGGACUAUAUUUUUUUGCGGGGGGGGGGGGGGGGACGGACAAAUUCCUGUGCCCCACAAAUAACCCAGAGAUGCAUUUUAAAUAAAAGGACACAUUCUACUCAUGUAAAAACACACUGAUUCCCGGACUGUCCGUGGGCCAAAUUGAGACGGCGAUUGGGCCGGAUCCGCCCCCCGGGCCUUAGUUUGCCUACCCAUGCUUUAUGGCAAUGAGUUCCAUAAGCUAAGUAUUGAGAGGAGGACCUUUCUUUCUUUCUUUUUCUUUCUUUCGCUAUCUCAGAUCUUCUGCCCAGUGAUACUAAUUGUAUCAUUAAAUACAAUUAGUUGUAUUUAAUGAUUCUUAAACUGCCUUCCAGGGACGCGGGUGGCGCUGUGGGUUAAACCACAGAGCCUAGGACUUGCCAAUCAGAAGGUCGGCGGUUCAAAUCCCCACAACGGGGUGAGCUCCCGUUGCUCGGUCCCUGCUCCUGCCAACCUAGCAGUUUGAAAGCACGCCAAAGUGCAAGUAGAUAAAUAGGUACCACUCCGGCGGGAAGGUAAAAGGUGUUUCUAUGUGCUGCUAUGGUUCGCCAGAAGCGGCUUAGUCAUGCUGGCCACAUGACCUGGAAGCUGCACGCCGGCUCCCUCGGCCAGUAAAGCGAGGUGAGCACCGCAACCCCAGAGUCGGCCCCAACUGGACCUAAUGGUCAGGGUUCCCUUUACCUUUACCUUUAAACUGCCUUCCAAUAUAAAAUUAUUGCCCCUCUCCCCAAACUGGUUUGCAGUAGCCAAUAAAACAGUAGAAUCAGAUUAUAUGAAAACAUUGCAGCUGGUUGGACUAGAUGACGCUUUGGGGCUCCUCCCUCACUACAGUUCUAGAAUACUAAUAUAACAACAGCAAAUGAACAAGUCUGAUAAAACAAUCGGAGGGAGAAGAACUUCCCUUUGUUCAGGAUAUCCACACCAUACAGUCAUACCUCAGGUUAAAUAUGCUUCAGGUUGAGCGUUUUCAGGUUACGCUCCGCAGCGACCCGGAAGUAAAGGAACGCGUUACUUCUGGGUUUUGCCGCUCGCGCAUGCGCAGAUGCUCAAAAUGAUGUCACGUACAUGCGCAGAAGUGGCAAAUUGCAACACAUGCAGACGCGCAAACGCAGGUUGCAUUCUACUCAGGAUGCGAAUGAGGCUCCGGAACGGAUCCUGUUCGCAUCCAGAGGUACCACUGUAUGUAGUUUUACAAUCCUCCAUCCUAUUUUCCCUUCUACACUUAAUGAGCCCCCCCCCCCCCCAAUUUAAGCAUCCAAAACACUUCAGCUGCUGCCCAUAGGGAAAGAUGCUCUAGACCAGGGGCUGGCAAGGCUUACUGGGCAUGGGCCACUCCUGCAGAGAUCCUCUGUGGGCUGGACCAGUGCAGCGCGACUCCCGAAAUCACAUCUGUGCAUGUCUGCGACGCUGGAAAUCUCUUCUGCACAUGCCCAGACGCCAAAAAUCGCGCCUGCGCAGAAGCAAUUUCUGGCGUCUGUGCAGAAGCAAUUUCCGGAGCUGUGGAAGAGAGUCCCUGCGUCGUGCUGUGCUGGUUUAGCACCGCACGCAGGAAAUUACCUAUUAGUAUUUCACUCCUCCCAUUGCAAGGAUCAUCUGAUCCUAUUGUUUACUUUCUGUUCUGUGAGCAAGUUUUCUUUCUGCUCUGUUUGCGAUGAGACAGGGCGUCUGUAUGAGGGUAUGCUCUCAUACAUGUUUGUUCUUUAAUCUGUAAUUAGUAGAAAUAAAGUAGGUAUGCCCAGAUACCUCCUCACCUCCCAAUGGCGCUGCUUUACUCUGCUAAGACCGGGUGCUUACAAGAGAGCAGCUGUGAGUUCCAGAACACCAGGACCCCUUCCCGGGAAUUCUGCGCAGCUGUUCCAGUUGCUGGAGGCGGCCAUGGGGCCUACAGGAGUAUUCCAUUAUUGCUGAGUGGGCAGCUCGGUUCGGGGGCAGCUUGGGGGUCGGUUAAACGGCCUCCGUGGGCUGCUUCCAGCCCAUGGGCCACAGGUUGGGGACCCCUGCUCUAGGCUGAUUAUUUUGGUUGCCCUUUCCUGUGCUUUCCCAAGAUCUACGCUAAUUCUUUUUGAGAUGGCGUAGCCAGACCAUCACAGAGCCUCCCAAAUGCAGCUCCACCAGAGAUUAUACAAAAGCAUUUACAGUCUGCAGAUGGGAGUGUGUCUAAACAGCUGUUCAAUCCAUAGCCCUUUCCACUUUGCUACUUUGAGCAAGUCUUCUUAAUCCCCGCCCCUUUAAUUGCAGUGUAGACCAGUGUCUCUGUUCAGUAUGUUUGCAUCUUAUGCAGGGGUUUGGUUCAAAGGGUUCUGAAUAUAUGCAAAAACGCAGGUACUCAAACCCCUGGUAAAUAGGGAACGGGGAGGGAGGCCGAUGCCGGCUUGGGGAGGUAGUGCCAGGAGGUGGGCAUGCAGUGUGCUCGGAACUGAGUACCGCCACCCCUCCCCCUGUUCAGGGGGGUAGAGCCCACAAAUAAGUCUUCAAUCUUAAAGGUGCAGCUUAUUUGCAGGUGCAGCUUAUAUUUGGGCCAAUACGGUCCCUCUCCCAUAACACCACAUAACACCCCUUGUAUAUGAUUGCAUUUCACGUACGAUACCACGGAAUUAUGAUUUCAUGAAUCAUGACACCACACAAUCAUGGAAUCAUGAUAUCUUGAUCUUGCGCUAUGAUUUCAUGAAAUCAUAGCGCAGUCAUGAAAUCAUGAUACCUUGAUCUCACGCUAUGAUUUCAUGAAAUCAUAGCGCACAAUCAUGGAAUCAUGAUAUCUUGAUCUUGCGCUAUGAUUUCAUGAAAUCAGCGCAAUCAUGGAAUCACGAUACCUUGAUCUCACGCUAUGAUUUCAUGAAAUCAUAGCGCAGUCAUGAAAUCAUGAUACCUUGAUCUCACGCUAUGAUUUCAUGAAAUCAUAGCGCACAAUCAUGGAAUCAUAUCUUGAUCCUGCGCUAUGAUCUCAUGAAAUCAGCGCAAUCAUGGAAUCACGAUACCUUGAUCUCACGCUAUGAUUUCAUGAAAUCAUAGCGCAGUCAUGAAAUCAUGAUACCUUGAUCUCACGCUAUGAUUUCAUGAAAUCAUAGCGCACAAUCAUGGAAUCAUAUCUUGAUCCUGCGCUAUGAUUUCAUGAAAUCAGCGCAAUCAUGGAAUCACGAUACCUUGAUCUCACGCUAUGAUUUCAUGAAAUCAUAGCGCAGUCAUGAAAUCAUGAUACCUUGAUCUCACGCUAUGAUUUCAUGAAAUCAUAGCGUACAAUCAUGGAAUCAGAUCUUGAUCCUGCGCUAUGAUCUCAUGAAAUCAGUGCAAUCAUGGAAUCACGAUACCUUGAUCUCACGCUAUGAUUUCAUGAUAUGAAAUUUCAUGAAAUCAUAGCGCACAAUCAUGAAAUCACAUUGCGCAAUCAUGAAAUGGUAUCACACAAUCAUGAAAUCAUGAUAUCUUCAUUUCACACUGAUUUUACACAAGCAUAUGAUUGCGUGAUACCGUAUUGGCCCAAAUAUAAGCUGCACUCCCCCAAAAAAUUCUGACUGUGGGGGGGGGCCACCAGGUGGCGCAUUGGAAGAUGGCCGACAAUAACAUCUCUCUGACCCAUACGAGGUAAUUAAGAGGCUGCUUUGGGAAGUAUGCAGUCUUCCCCCCCCCAAGGAUAUGGGGGGGACUGCCUUGCCAGCGGUGGCCACAAUGCACCCCCAGAUUCGAGAGAAGGGGGUGCACCGGUCACUUGGCUAAGCCCUCGGUGUGGUCGGCUCUUCCCGGACGCCGUCUCCAAUUCACGCGUGCUGGCUUGCUUUAACACGAAAAUAUAAUUGGAAAUAUAUAAUUGGAAGAUGUUAAAGCACAUACGUCAAGCAAAGGUCGGGAGAUAAGACUGCUGAUUAAUGGAUUUCUGGUAUCAGAGCGGCAGGCAAAGACAAAUAAAUCAAGAGACGAAGCGCCAUUAAGAGAUGGGUAUGUUUGGAGCUAAGAAGGUGGGGUGGAGGAAAAAACUUUUCUUUCUUUAUAUUAUAUGAGUAUAAAUAACCCUCCACCCCAAAGAAAAAAGAACCGCCGUAUUUUACUACACAAGCAGGAAUCUAAAAACUGUGUGGGAUGAAUUAAUGAUGAAUGAAGAGAGGAUUGGUAAAGAUCGGAGAAUGGAAAAAUUUUAUGACGCGGUUUUACAAUGGCGUCUCGCAAGACAGGCUUGUUUAAGAAAGACGGGGGGAGGAGAACCAGGAAUAUUUGAAAGUGAACGAUGUUUGGAAUUUGAUCUUUAACCUGGCAGAGCCCUCUAGGAGAUAUUUUACAAGCCUGGGACAACUAAAGGGCAGACCAAAGAUAAAUUUUUGAAUGAGGAGUGGAAUGGCGGCUGUCCCUAUGAAAUAUGACUUAUGGAGUGCGUAAAACCCACGCAGACGAUGUUUGUUCUUAACCUGCCUGUGAAGAUUAUCAGAGAUCGCAAAGAAAGGAAUAUAUGACAACAACAAGAAGAUGAAGAAAGUAAAAAAGAGACUAUCUGGAUAGAACUGGAUAGAACUGUUUAAUUAAAGCAGUAAUAGAAGUGAUGUUUGGAUUCUCGUCCGGAGCUUGAUGUAUGGGUACCCCCAACAAAAUUGAAAAAUUCGGCUGUAUAAUUUGGAAUUAAUGUGAUUUGAAAUAAUGUGAUAUGAUUGGCCUGUUAAUAAAAAUUAUGUUCAAAAAAAAAAAAUUCCGACUGUGAAAAGUUAAAGUGCAGCUUAUAUUCAGAACCGAGCACUGCACGACCACCUCCCAACACUACCACCCUGAACGGGGUGCUGGGAGGCACUACCUCCCCAAGCUGGCGCCCCCCAUUCAGGGUGGUAGUGUUGUGAGGCGUUAGUACCGGGAGGUACUUUCCAAGGCUUCAGAGCCAAGGCAUGGAUAGGGGUUUGCCUCCCCUCUCCCAAACAAGUUUUUCCCAGCGCAAAAAAAGGGGCUUUUAAGAGCUUUGCCUUGCUUAGGGAACAAGGUUCUCUCUGUGUACCAGGCUCUGAAUGCUCUUUUUCAUGGGGCCUUACGAGUUCCCACAAAAUCUUGUGGGAGCUUCCCAGACGCAACACAUGGAGAGGGCCUUGCAAGGCAGAGAGCUUAAAAGCUAUUUUGCGCUAGGUCUUCCCAGUGCAAAAAGAGCCACCUUGCUUGCAUUUAACUUUUGGGAUUCCAUCCAGUGCCCUUCAGCAGCAUAUGGCUGAAAUUGCGCAAGUUCAAUGCAGUUAAUAUGUGAUCAUACUGCACUGAGAAUCGCAAGCAUCCUCACUAAGGGAAGCCACCUUCUGGCCCAGCACCUCUGGUGCAGAAUGAAACACACAUGCCCAUACUUCAUUGCCAUUUUUGCCCUCUUUGGGACCAGUAUGGCUGCUGAAAUAUCAGUUCUUUCUUCAGGCCUGCACUGAAAUCAACUUAACCUUCAACAGCAACAACGUGACCGACAUGUUCCCAGAGAUCCCCUUCACGGAUGCUGCCAGGGAACAGUACUGCUUUCAGAAAUGGGGGGUCCGCCCUCGGCCGUCAUGGCUACGGACCAGCUUCUGGGGUGGUGGUAAGCAGACAGUUUUUUCUUCAUUCCCCCUCCCUUUGGCUUGGGAUUGUACCUCACUGGUGAGAUCGGCAACUAGAGACCCUUUUCGGCAGACCUUGUCUCCUCCCAAUGGGUGCCCUGAUGGGAGAGCUGCUGCCAGCCAGAGUAGCCAAUAUUGGUUUGAGGUACAGAUGGUCUGUAACAAGGCAGCUCCCUCCCCUCCCCAGUCUAGAGCAUGUCCUUUUCUUCGACUGCCUUCAAUGCAGAGCUCCCCUUGAAUUUUAGCUAGCCCAUGAAAGACUUCAAGCAUUACAUUUGGGAGUCUAUUUCAUGAGUUGUCACCAUACUGCUUUCUACUGGGUCAGAGUAUUGCCUCAUCUAGCUCAGUAUUUUUCCAUACUGACUGGCAGGGGCUCUCCAGGGUUUCCAGCUGGGGCUUCUCCCAGCUGUACCAGGGGUUGAACCUGGAACCUUCUGCAUGCAAAGCAGGAGCUCUGCCACUGGGCCUCAGCUCAUCAUGCAGCUUCUUCGGUGCAAUUUAAAGAGUUUCUACCAGACAAGCGAAUAGUCUUAUUUAGUAUCUUGCUUAAUACCCUCAGAUCUGACUGCUGCAAGCAACAUCAUCUUCUCAAACGGAGACUUGGAUCCCUGGGCCAGUGGCGGAGUAAGUUAUCACCCUCUCCAAAUUCUGCCUGCUCUUUUAUAGCUGUCAGCUUGAACGCUUUGCCGGCCCCAGAAAGGUCUGACUUCCAUUCAUUGUCAUUGCAGGUUAGAAAGAACCUGAGCUCCUCAUUGAUAGCGAUAUUUAUCAAGGGAGGUGCCCAUCAUCUAGAUCUCAGGUAUGUAUUUGCAGAAAUUGUCAGGAGCUGUGUAACCCACAUGGGUGCCACCACUGAAGGUUUAAUGAAUCCUUCAAGAUCCUCCUUCAGACAGGAAGUCCUUUUAAAAACCUUUAAGUACCAUAUUUGUGGCUCCAUAAGACGCACCUAGUUUUUAGAGGAAAACAAGAAAAAAAAAAUUCUGAAUGAAACAGUGGAUGUAUGAUUUUUAUGGUUCAUGCUGUGCCCACAGACAUGUGAUUUGAUGGUGAGUUUGGGGUAGCCCAAUGCAAAAAUCCUGAGAAUCCAUGUGGAUCCGUGCUUUGUAACCACGCUUUUGCGCCAUUGCGGCCCCACGAAACAGUGGGUGUGGGGGGGGGUUUUGGUGCAGGCUGUAGCCAUGGACAUGCUAUGUGAUCUGAUGGUGAAUUUGGGGUGACCCAAUGCAAAAAUCCUGAGGAUCUAUGGGCUUUUACCUCCCCCCUCCCAGGUAGCCUCCUUAGCGUCCCUUAUCUCACUUACCAAUCAGCUGCUUCCUUUCAACACUCCCUUCCCUCGUUUGCCUUAGUGUCGUUUCCUUAGCUGGAGCAGUUUUUUGCUCCUCCUUUUCUUCCAAUUUCUCUCCUCAUUGCUUUAGUCUUCCUGUCUCCUCUCCUUGCAAGUUCGCUGUCUUUACCUCCCCCCUCCCAGGCAGCCUCCUUUAUUGCUAGCGUCCCUUAUGUCCCUCCCUGAUCGCUUGCCAAUCAGCAGCUUUGUUUCAAUACCCAUUUCCCUUUUUCAAAAAAAUGAGCAUGAUCUGCUUUUCUCCCCGGUGCAGUUCAGCUCCAGGGACCACGCAUUCGCUCCAUAUGACGCACAGACAUUUCCCCUUACUUUUUAGGAAGAAAAAAGUGCGUCUUAUGGAGCGAAAAAUGUGGUAAAUACAUUUUUAACUCUUCACUUAUUUUAUGCCAUUCAGCCAGCCUUUGCCAACUGGGCACCCUCCAGAUGUUUUGAACUACAACAGCCAUUAACAUCCAAAACAUCAGGAGGGCACCAGGUUAGUAGAUUGCAUUAAGCAAUUCAAUCUGGGCUAUUUCAGUGCAGGUAUGUUAAGAUGCCCAGUUCCUCAUUCUCUCUUCUCCAGUGCAAGACUAGCCCUUGCUAGUAUCUUAGCAGCCACUUGAAUAAAUUCACAGAAGAUAGGACCAAAACCUGUGAUAAAUAGAGUCUCUGUGUUUAGAGGCAGUUUACCCCAGAGGAGCAGGCGUAAACCAGAGGGGUCAUUUCAUCCCCAAAAGAGCUCCAAAAUACCCAAAUUGAAAAACUGCCAGCUGUGGUUCCCUGGAUUUGGCAUCUGCUUCCUGUGGGCUUUGUGUGUUCCAACAGGGGUUCCAACCCAGCCGAUCCACCUUCAGCCAGAGAGGCUCGUCUCCAAGAAGCAAACAUCAUCUGUGACUGGGUCAAGGCAGCAGCUGGGGCCUCGAAGCAGCUCACUCCCGACCACUAUCCAGCCAGACUUUAGCAGGAGUCGUCAAGGCAACAUUUGGGUACCAAAACCUGCCUGCGGUUUGCCAGUUCGUUGUUGGGCUGCUGAGUCAAUGACACUUCUCUGCAACAGGAUUGUAAAAACAAGAAUAAAACUGGAGAUUCCCUCAGGAGCUCUAUCCUGCUUUGUGUUUACUGAACACUGGAUCGGGUCCAGGUAUACAUGACACGCAUUAUUUCCUAUAGUGAGACAGCCAGCUCUCUCCGGAGAAAGGAAAAGAGACUUCUGCCAUUAACUGAUCUCGCUAGCUGAGGCUUUCAAGCUCACUCGUCUCCUGUGUUGUUUCAAAGCAGGCAAAUUGCCAUUGCUGAGAACAAGAAGAACAGCCCGUGUUUUAAUGGAGCUUAUAACCGAUCCCAAGUGUUGGAGGCAAGUAUGUUGAUUACUCUACCCUCUCAUUGAAAUCACUUGGAAUAAGCUCAGGCUCCCGCACACCAAGUCAGAGCGUUGGCCUGUCUAGCCCAG